AUGGUUUCCACUGAAGCUGCUCAAGGGACCUUCACCUACCAGAUCAAGUCCAUAUCCCAAGUCUCUCAACUAUUCUCCCCCAAAGUGAAAAUUGCCACUAAGGCCAAUCCCUGGGAUGGGAAGUCCCUGAAGCCUGACAGUCUCCGGUCCCAGCUGGAGACAUCACUGAAGCGAUUGCAAUGCUCCCAGGUGGACCUCUUCUACCUGCAUGCGCCUGACCAUGGCACUCCCGUGGAAGAAACGCUACGUGCCUGCCACCAGCUUCACCAGGAGGGCAAGUUUGUGGAGCUUGGCCUCUCCAACUAUGCAGCCUGGGAGGUGGCUGAGAUCUGUACCCUCUGCAAGAGCAACGGCUGGAUCCUUCCCACUGUGUACCAGGGCAUGUACAACGCCACCACCCGGCAGGUGGAAACGGAGCUCUUCCCCUGCCUCAGGCACUUUGGACUGAGGUUCUACGCCUACAACCCUUUGGCAGGGGGCCUGCUGACCGGCAAGUACAAGUAUGACGACAAGGACGGGAAACAGCCUGUGGGCCGCUUCUUUGGAAAUAGCUGGUCUGAGAUCUACAGGAAUCGCUUCUGGAAGGAGCACCACUUCCAGGCCAUUGCCCUGGUGGAGAAGGCCCUGCAGGCUGCAUAUGGCAGCAGUGCCCCCAGCAUGACUUCAGCUGCCUUGCAAUGGAUGUACCACCACUCACAGCUCCAGGGCACGCAUAGGGAUGCGGUCAUCCUGGGCAUGUCCAGCCUGGAGCAGCUGGAACAGAACCUGGCAGCCACCGAGCAAGGGCCCUUGGAGCCAGCUGUCGUGCAGGCCUUUGAUCAAGCCUGGCACCUGGUUGCCCAUGAAUGUCCCAACUACUUCCGUUAGGCCUCGUCCUGGCUGGAGGUGGCGGAGGGUCCACGACGCCUGUCACCGUUCGUUCUCUCACCCUGGCCUUAAGCUGCCUAUUUAGCCUGUUCUUUUCUCAGCAUCUGUUCACAAAUGUCUCCUAUUUCCUUGGAAUCCUCCCAGUUGCCUUCACAAAGUGUAAAGGCAGGGGCUGUGAGUUGCUCCAGCGUUUCCUAUCGGAAUAAAGCAGGCACUUGACGGGUAGCCCAGGCCCGGAACAAA